AUGGUGCUUCGGAGCGCUUGUGACUUGGUUUUCCUGGUGGAUGCGUUUCUGUCGUUGCGCACGGCUUACGUGUCGAAAGAAGCUAUAGCGAGGGGGCACGGCAGCGAAAUGGUGACUAAUGCGAGGAAGAUCGCGCGGUCUAGGUGUUCCUUCGGCGGGGUGGUCUUCGAUAUCAUCGCGACUUUGCCGAUUCCGCAGGUAUUUGUGUGGGUGAUUGCCCCCAUGCUAAUCCAAAUGGACAAGGCUUCAUACGAUUUUUCUACAGGCGGCGUCACUAUAACCUUCAGUGCCAUCAUUCUACAGUACGUGCUGAAGCUGAUUCUCGCCGCCCGGUUCACCGUGCGAGCGCAGCGGGUCAACGGCUACAUCUUUGGCGCGGCGUGGUGGGGCUUUGCGCUGAAUCUCAUCGCGUACAUGAUUGCUGCACAUGUCUUCGGGUCCCUCUGGUACCUGCUGGCGUCUGAGCGAGUCGCCACAUGCUUCCAGACGCUGUGCCAGCAGGUGAGUAAGAGGGGACAAGCAGGUGAGGGGACAAGCAGGUCACCUUACCCCACGCCUCCCCUCCCUCGUCCCACCCCCCUUCCGCCUCCCCUCCCUCGUCCCACCCCCCUUCCGCCUCCCCUCUCUCUUCCCAUCCCCUUCCGCCUCCCCUCCCUCUUCCCACCCCCUUCCGCCUCCCCUCCCUCUUCCCACCCUCUUUCCGCCUCCCCACCUUUCCCAGGUUCCCACGUUUGUCUGCAACCCCAACUUCGUGACCUGCCCCAAUGCAAGCAAGACAACAGCUCCUUCCCUCCCCUCGCCUCCACUCUCUCCCCUCCACUCUCUCCCCUCCACUCUCUCCCCUCCACUCUCUCCCCUCCACUCUCUCCCCUCCACUCUCUCCCCUCCACUCUCUCCCCUCCACUCUCUCCUCCCAGCCCUCAGGUCCCCACGUCUGUCUGCAACCCUAAUUUCGUCACCUGCCCUGACGCAAGCGAGACAACAGACGCCGACGUCCCCACGUCUGUGUGCGACCCCAACUUCAUCACGUGCCCCGAUGCAAGUGAGACAACAGACGCUGACGUCCCCACGUCUGUCUGCAACCCCAACUUCGUGACGUGUCCAGAAGCGUAUGAGACGACGACGUCCCAAGUGAGCCCUGAGUGGGCGGCAUGGGGCAGCAACGCUACCCUCGAGACGACGUGCUUUGAGGGCGAUGGCACGUUCAAUUUUGGCAUCUACCACAUGGCGCUGCAACUAAUGAAGGAUGGCUCUGCUAUGGCCAAGAUCUUCUACGGCCUCUUCUUUGGAAUCAUGACUCUCAGCUCCUUCGGCAAUGCACUCGUCCCCAGCACCAACUUCGUGGAAACCACCUUCGCUGUCAUCAUGGUGCUGUCGGGUCUUAUGCUUUUCACCCUGCUCAUUGGGAAUAUCCAGGUUUUUCUUCACAGCAUCACAUCACGGAUGGAGGAGAUGCAGCUGCGGAGGCAAGACCUGACCUGGUGGAUGAACCGCCACCAGUUGCCACCUGCCCUGCAGCGGCGCGUGCUGAGGCAGGAGCAGCAGAACUUCACCGCGACGAGGGGGAUCGACGAGGAGGGGCUCAUUCGCAGCAUGCCCAAGAGUUUGCGGAGGGAUAUCAAACGGCAUUUAUGUCUUGACCUGGUGAAGCAGGUGCCGCUGUUUCAAGUGGUGGACUCUGCAGCUCUAGAUGCUGUAUGUGAGCGGCUCAAGCCACUCAUUCUCAUUCAUGGCACGGAGGAGCUGUUCUCGUGGGGCCUGGGCCACUCCCCAGACACCAACCAGCUUUUGCGCUCCUGUCUCACCUGGGAUGGCAGCUUCUGUGGCGAGGAGCUGCUCUCGUGGGGUCUAGGGCAUUCCCCUGACACCAACCAGCUUCCCUCCGCUACUGUCUCGCUCUCCCUACUCCCCUCCUCCCUCUCAUACUUCCCCCCCUUCCCUUUCAGCUCGUGUCUCAUUCGGGAUGGCUAUUUCUGUGGCGAGGAGCUGCUCUCAUGGGGGCUAGGGCACUCCCCUGACACCAACCAGUUGCCUUCCGCUACAGCCACUCUCACCACCGUCACGGCUGUGGAGGGGUUUGUGCUGGAAGCUGAAGACCUGCUGUUUGUGACAACGCACUUCAAGGUAAUCUGUCCCUCCCUCCCUCCCUCAGUCCCUCCCUCCCUCCCUCCCUCCCUCCCUCCCUCCCUCCCUCCCUCCCUCCCUCCCUCCCUCCCUCCCUCCCUCCCUCCCUCCCUCCCUCCCUCCCUCCCUCCCUCCCUUCCUCCCUCCCUCCCUCCCUGCCUCCUGUCUGCUCCUCUCCCUCCCUUCCUCCACCCGCAGUUCAACUGGAAGAGCCAGCGCAUUCAGCUGUGGGUGCGCUACUACUCGCCACACUGGCGCACGUGGGCGGCUCUCACCAUCCAGAUCGUGUGGCGCCGCCACGUGGCACGGCAGCACGCCACGUCACUGCCACGGUCGCUCGAUGCUCAUGCUGACGUGGAUGUGUGCGGUGGCCAGCUCACCACUGAUACUCCCUCGGGCGCUCCUCCCGCAUCUGCUGCCACUGCCCCUGCCCCUGCCCCUGUCCCUGCCACUGCCACUGCCACUACCAUUGACACUCCCACCACUACCCUUAUCAGUAGCACAGCCCCUUUGGACCCUACUCUAACUACAACAGCAACCGAGCAAGGGAGGGGGAUACCAGGAGAUAACGGUGGGGGUGGGACAAGGCUGGGCCGCCCGAGGAUGGAUGUAGACGAGAUUGAGGCUCUACAGAGGCGUGACUGCAUGCGGUUGUAUAGUGCAAUCUUCUCAUCGCCCAAGCCCCGCGGCUCUAUGGACAAAAAUACCUAG